GUCAGACCUGUCCGGGUGAAUAAGUGGGUGAAAGGUCCUACAGUCAGGAGUGACAGCACCUCACAAACACACCUCACAGAGACACCGUCGACCAGGAAACAUGUCCAAAAAGCAGCAGCCGAUCAGUCCGAUGAAGAACUUCUUCGCAGGAGGGUUUGGAGGCGUUUGCCUCGUCUUCACAGGACAUCCACUCGACACCAUUAAGGUGCGUUUGCAGACUCAGCCCAAACCCAAACCUGGAGAGAGCCUCUUGUAUGCUGGAACCAUUGAUUGUCUUAAGAAGACCUUAGCCAAAGAGGGUAUGAAGGGACUCUAUAAAGGCAUGGCCGCCCCGAUCAUUGGAGUCACACCCAUGUUUGCUGUCUGCUUCUUUGGAUUUGGAAUGGGCAAGAAAUUACAACAGAAAACCCCUGAUGACAUCCUAACGUAUCCUCAGCUGUUUGCUGCAGGGAUGUUGUCUGGUGUUUUCACCACGGCCAUCAUGGCUCCUGGAGAGCGCAUCAAAUGCCUCCUACAGAUCCAGGCAUCAACAGGAGAGCUGAAGUAUGCAGGACCCAUGGACUGUGUCAAACAGCUGUACAGACAGUACGGGAUCAGAGGAAUCUACAAAGGCACCGCGCUGACUCUCAUGAGAGAUGUUCCAGCGAGUGGGAUGUACUUCACUUCCUAUGAGUGGUUGAAGAACGUCCUCACACCAGCAGGAAAAAGCCAUAACGAGCUCAGCGUUCCCAGUGUGCUUUUUGCUGGAGGGAUGGCUGGGAUCUUUAACUGGGCGGUCGCAAUUCCAGCCGACGUACUCAAGUCUCGUUUCCAAACAGCUCCUGAAGGAAAAUAUCCCAAUGGAUUCCGUGACGUUCUGCGGGAGCUGAUCAGAGAGGAGGGCAUCGGCUCUCUCUAUAAAGGCUUCAACGCCGUCAUGCUUCGAGCUUUCCCUGCAAACGCAGCUUGUUUCUUGGGCUUUGAGUUCGCAAUGAAGUUCCUGAACUGGUUAUCACCGGAUCUGUGAGGAGGACUCGCCUCGUACGUGAAUCCCAGGAACAGAACUGUUUAAUACAAUGCAGUUAUUAGCGGCACACACACACACACACACACAUACAGUGAAUCACACAGUUUUCCAAUAAUGUGCUUCAUUAUCUUUAAAACCUUGUGGUACUGUAGAGAGAGUGGAUCAUUCAGACCUGCGGCGGAAGCAGAGCAGAGAUGUUGUGAUGACUUGGUACCAGUCAACAAAAACACACACACAGACACACACAUAAGACAGAUGAAUGUUCCCACUCCUUUUCGUUUUACUCGUUUUCUUUAGAUUGUGUUAUUUUUAUAUAAGAAAAGGAGUGAAGUGAACAUGCCGUGCCUUACCUUUUGUUAUCUGCGAGCAGGUGUACAUAUCAGGGAAAAGGUGCUUUAUGUUUUACUGUGUGUGUUCAGUCUCUCGGCAACACACACCUUCCAAACUGUCUGAUUCCUGUGAGGUUCAGCCUCCCUCCAUGCAGUGACCAUCGAUGCUAGCUACACUUUGUUUGUUUUAAUGUGAAAUGAGAUCAAUUGAACAUUACAUGAAUGUCAAAUAUGUAAAGAAAUAAAAGAAUAUAAUC